CAUGACAUCACUGUCCAAAGGAUAAUCAUCACAAUCAAUAACGAAAUCACCUCCAUCAUCACUCCCAUGACUCUAUAUAUUCGAUCGAAUCCCUUAUCACAACACUAUCCAAAUCGCACAAUCUUCUUAUCUCUGCAAUCUCACCUUACCUUCUUUCAUUCUCGAUCAAUCAUGGGCAUGGUGUUCGGCAAAAUCGCUGUCGAAACCCCGAAAUACGAGGUGACAAAAUCCACACCCGACUACGAAAUCCGCAACUACCCACCGGCUGUGGCGGCGGAAGUCACCUAUGAUCCGUCGCAAUUCAAGGGAAACAGAGACGGUGGGUUUAUGGUGCUGGCGAAUUACAUUGGAGCUUUGGGCAACCCCCAGAAUGCAAAACCAGAGAAGAUUGCAAUGACAGCACCGGUUAUCACAAAGGAUGGUGGUGGUGGUGAGAAGAUUGCAAUGACAGCUCCAGUUGUGACCAAGGAAGGUGGUGGUGGUGGUGGUGGUGGUGAUGGUGGUGAAGGGGUGAAGAAGAUGGUGACUAUGCAGUUUAUUUUGCCAUCUUGUUAUGAGAAAGCAGAGGAGGCGCCUAAGCCUACUGAUGAGAGGGUUGUGAUUAGAGAGGAAGGUGAGAGGAAAUUUGGGGUGGUGAAAUUUGGUGGGGUGGCGAGUGAGGAGGUGGUGAAGGAGAAGGUGAAGAAGCUGAGGGGGUGUUUGGAGAGAGAUGGGUUUAAGGUGGUUGGGGAGUUUUUGUUGGCUAGGUAUAAUCCACCAUGGACAAUUCCAAUGUUCAGGACUAAUGAAGUUAUGAUCCCAGUUGCAUGAGCAUGGUUGAUGUUGAUGAUGAUAUAUGGAUUUCAGUACUUUCUGUUUGUUAAGGGUUUGUGUUAGUGUUAUGAAUUUUGGAUGUGUUGUUGUAGUGAUGUUCACUGUUGUUUUGUUCAAUUACACAUGAAAUAAUGACAAAUGAAGGUUUUGUGUA